AUGGAUAUUUCACUCCCCGACUUGCUCCCCUCACACCAGAAAACACAACCAAUAUAUACAAGCCGGUUAACCCUCCGGCCAUUCCAAUGGACCGAUCUUCCAAAUUUCUACAAACUCCGAAUAACCCCCGAGGUUAUGCAAUGGACAAGUCAAGGAGGAAUAGACACAUCAAUCGAACAAACACGCGAAUGGAUGCAAAAGUUCAUUGAAGAUACAGACAUGACUCCAGGGGAGAUCCCACGACGUAACUUCAACUUUGUCGUCUCUCUUCGCACUGACAAUGUCGAGAAAUCAGCCAAUGAGUCAGAGAAUAACGACAGUAACGCAUUUAUCGGCGUGUGCGGGCUGUAUGGGCUAGACUCAUUGCCCGUGUCCCCUAUCCCUAGCCUGGGCUAUAUGUAUAUACCAGAAUCCUGGGGCAAAGGGUAUGCGACUGAAGCCUCUCUUGGGUUUCAAGCUGAAUGGCAGCGGCUCAUUACACUGGGUCACCAAGUGCAUUCUAUUCCGGUUGGGUCGAGACAAGAUAUGUACAGUUUACGAGCCGUUACUCAUGUAAAGAAUUUGGCAAGUGCACAAAUACUGCGCAAGUGCGGUUGGACUGUGUAUGAAGAGGUUGAGGAAGAUGGUAUGCUGCUUUUAAGGUGGAUUGUAGAUACCUCGGCAACAGCCACGCCAUGA